AUGACUGGGCCUGGGCUGUCUUUAGACGCCGAGCUGGCGGGUAACAAGACUACUGUUGUUUUUGAUCUGCUAGGAUUCCAGGCUGAUAAUCAGUGUAGGGAGGCACUGGUUCCUGUUGUUAUCUACCCGGUAAUGAGGGAUGGAGAACAUACAGUACACUUCAGGAUGAUCAGGGAGGUUAGGAGCGAUGGCAGGUUAGUCGUGUACCCUGAGGUCCAGGCUCUGUUCGCAAACUUCAGCUCCCAGCUCGACGAGGUCUUACUUCUGAAACUCAUACAGUUUUUUGAGAUGGCUGGGGAUGUAAAUAAAGACGACCCAAAGUACGAUCCAGAAGCGGAGUACAAGUUGAGUACGAGGAAGUUGGAGUACAAUCCCGUGUUAGUUGAGAGUAUGUUAAUUCACCAGACCCAGGUUAAUGUCAGUCUGAUCGUGGCUCCAGUUCUAGAGGACGACCUCAAGGACAUCCACACAAGAUUAGGAAUGAGAUCUUAUCUGAACUUCUCCGACGUUACUUUUAAGCUGAACAAGUACCAUACCAGUAAUGUGAUAGCAGCUACUAGUACUAUAAGGGACAACAUCAUACGACACUACAGGGACUGCGCAGUUGGACAUAAACUCAAAAUAGUCCUCAACUCAGAAAUUACAGGUAACAUGGGAGGGCUGUUUAACGAUCUACUGAGUGGACUCUCAGUGGGGCUGGAUGGUGACGUGUCAGGAAUGGUUAAGAGUGUUGCUCACGGCAUGUCAGAUACCGCCAGUAAACUCAGUUCAACUGCUAGUACUGUCUUAACGUAUGUUAGUGGAGAUGAUGCUUUCAGAGCUGACAGAGACAGACUUAGAGCUUCCAGAUACCAGAGUUCAAGUGCAAGUCUGAGAGCAGGAUGGCAGGGGUUAAGAAGUGGACUUAUCGGAGGGCUUACCAGCAUUCCCAGUUCUAUAGUGAGAGGGAUUAACCAAGACGGAGUGACGGGGGCAGUGACCGGACUAGCUAAAGGUCUCAUUGGAACUGUUGCUAAACCAGCUGCUGGUUUACUCGACUUUGCCUCAGGGACUACACUGGCCAUUACGCAGAGUACUCGAUCUAGUCACAGUAUCGGUGAGAUAAAAAGAAUACGGCUGCCUCGAUGUUGCAGUGGAGAGAUCCUGGCAACAUUCUCCAUAGACACAGCACAAGGCAUGGCUACUCUGUGGAAACUGAACCGCAAGUCACGUGAGGAACAGUUCAUUUCCUGGUGUGUGGUGAACACCCGCCUCAAGAUCCUGGUGUCCAGUGAGCGGGUCAGACUUAUCGAGAGAGAAUCUGGAAACAAGGUUGUGAAGGAGAUCAUGUUAGACUCGAUAGGACAGUGCGUGUAUGCUCCCCGGAAUAACGGUGGAACUACAGAACAUAACCUAGCUAUACAGAUCUACGAUACUCUGCCUCCACCAGGUGUUUUUAAUAUGGCUCCUGACUCUUGUCCUAAACUCAACUGUAACUCUCAGAAAACUAGCCUCAAGAUCAGUCAGGACAUUCAGUAUGCUAUUGAUCUGAAGAGAGAGGCUGCUUUUUUAGUUAGUGGUGGUAAAACUUUCAGUAAUAGUGGAAGGGACACAAGAUAG